UCCAGAUAUUCCAGGUCCCGACAAGUAAAGAAUUUUCGGAGUCCCGCCACAAAUAGGCUACGUAUUGAUUAUUGCGUAACGAGUAAAAAUCUAAUAAGCGGGCUUUAAAAUUAAUAAAUACAAAUGUAUUCUGACAGUUUACGAGUUAAUUAUACUUUCUGUUUGCAAAAUUUCCUCAACCUUAACACAAAAUAAGAAAAAAAGUGAACUUUUAACAAAUUUGAGGGAUCUUCCGGGUUAAAAAUCAGCCGGGAUUCCGUUCUUCGGAUCGGGAGUAAAGGCCGAUGUUGCGUAUGCGCCACGGUGUAGAAGAAAUUGGCAUUACCGCUCGCUCGUGGUCCGGACGUUUGUACGCCGACUGGCGGGUGCGGUGGCGGAGCGUCAAGAUGGCCGACGUGGUGGACGAGUUGCUUCGAUACGGUCUCUUCUUCGGUGCCAUCUUCCAGUUGAUCUGCAUAGCCGCCGUCGUCUUCAUCCCUCCCAAAGAAGACGGAAGGGAUGGUGGCGAUUCAAGCGAUGACGAUACUUCGACGGAGGGUCAGACUCAUCAACCUUCUCACAGACAUCACACACAUCAUCCAAGCCGUCGCAGUCGUCAAGAAAAAAAGAAACGUAGAUGAGAUUUAUUGAUUUCUUUUUUAUUAAAGGAGCAGUCGAAGAGAUUCCGGUAGAUCCGUCUGGCCACUCCUACCGCGUCGUCGGCGGGCCGACAGAAGUACUUCCAGCCAUUCCCUGCAGCGGUCUGCCAAACCGACGGAAAGGACUUUAUUCUAAUUUAUGCCUUUUUAUAUUUACAUUCUUUUAAUUUUUAGUAAAUAAACACCGGAAAGGUGAUCUUAUCGUU